CUUGUUUGUCCGUUCAUGCAUGUCAUAUCGUGCUACUUAUGUUGAAUAACGUAUGGACACAGGCGACGUCGAGAGGGAUUCGAUUCGGUAAAGGCGGCAAGCACUGGACUUCAUUUUGGAAGCUUCAGACGCUGCCAGGUGCAGUGCAGAUUGCCUUACGGAACAACACCGGCGUCGGUGGCAUUACUGAACGUUGAACUUCUACCAGACGUCUCUACUACAAAUCAGCGGCAGCGUAACUUCACUGAGGCCGCUCACAUCCUCGACCCUGGGUAAUACAGAACAGACAGUGCUUGUCGACGAACCAAGUUUCCUGUCAUAAUUCCAUUUCCUUCCUAGUAGCGGUAUGGCUGGCUUGACGCCCUUGCAAGAACCGCCGAGGUGGAACCACACCCCGGAAGAGGUGAUCCAAUUGAUCAGUGGUGCCAUCGCGAAGCGCAAGGUCAUCAGUGAUGAGGUCGCCGCUCUUUUCCCGGCUGAAUGUAACUUCGACACGGUAUUUGCACGGCUCGCCGACGCAGAGGGACAAUUUGAUGUCGCAACCCAGCCUCUCACAUUCUACCAAAACGUUGCUACGUCCAAAGAGCUCCGCGAUGCUUCCACUCAAGCAGAACAACUUCAGAAACAUUUUGGCAUCGAAGAAUCCAUGCGUCUGGACGUCUUCCAAGCUAAAGUUGCAGCUGAGGAGAACUUGCAUGUUUCUGGUGCCUUUGAGAAGCUUACCAGCGAGCAACAGAGAUUGGUUGAGCAGAUGGUCCUUGAUGGAAAACGCGCUGGGUUGGCUCUUCCGGAAGAGGAGAGAGCCAAGCUCGCGGCUCUCCAAAAGGAGUUAUCGCAGGUGGUCGUAGAAGCAAUGAGAAACUUUAAUGAAGAAGAUGGUUAUCUCAGUUGUACGCGCGAUGAACUCGAAGGUGUCCCGGACGACGUCAUUUCUGGAUAUCUGAAGUGCACAGAGGACGACAAGGAAGUCUACCAUGUGACUUUCAAGACACCUGAUAUUCAACCGGUCUUUGGAUUUGCUAUCAGUCCAGUUAUGCGUCAGAGAGCAUAUGAAGCACACGAGUCUAAAUUGGUGAUAAAUGUUCCUCUUGUUACACGUGUCCUCGACCUUCGCCGCCGCAUAGCUACUAUGUUGGGUUACAAAACAUGGGCAGAUUACAUCACUGAGGUAAAGAUGGUGAAGACUGGUAAUGCUGCACAAGUAUUCGUAGAUCACCUUGAAGCGAAGCUUCGACCCCUUGGUAUCAAAGAACACGAAAUUCUGCUCGCACUAAAGAAAGAGGAACACGAGAAACGUGGCUUGCCCUUCGAUGGAAAAUUUUAUAUUUGGGACCAUGGGUACUACAAUCGUUGUUUCGUCGAGAAGACUCUAAACCUCGACGUCUCCCUCGUGAAAGAGUACUUCCCAGUCUCGGUUGUUGUCUCCACUGUCCUCAGCAUCUAUCAGAACCUGUUAGGUGUCAAAUUUGUGGAGGUAACAGCCGAGAAGAAAGAUGUUUGGCAUGCUGACGUCCAGCAGUUCACCGUGUGGGAAACGGAUGCAAUGAACGAAUCGAGUUUCGUCGGUUACUGUUACCUUGAUCUCUUCCCUCGUUCUGCCAAGUACUCUCAUGCUUCAGUCUACAGCCUUCACCCUGGUUACGAUCUUCCCUCUGGAGCCCGCCAUUAUCCACUUACAGUGAUGGUAGCUAACCUUGCAAAACCUAUGCCUGAGCGCCCUGCACUCAUGCGACAUCAUGAUGUGACGACCUUCUUCCACGAGAUGGGACAUGUGUUUCAUAAUCUCUUGAGUCAGACACGGUACUCCCGUUUCCACGGGACGGCAGUUGCGCUCGAUUUUGGGGAGGCCCCGUCACAAAUGCUCGAGAACUGGUGUUGGGAGCCAGAAGUUCUGAAAAAGAUGUCGAGCCAUUAUAGAACGCAAGAGCCGCUCCCAGCUGGCCUCAUCGAAAAGAUUAUCCAGAGUCGGUACGUGAAUGUUGGGCUAUUCUACCUUCGGCAGCUCUUCCUUGCCAAAUUUGACCUCAAAGUUCAUACCGACAAAGAGCCUGCAGACUACACCAAACUUUGGGCUGAGAUGCGAGAGACGAUAUCCUUCCUCAAAAGUGGGGAACCUCAACCUGGUCAUUGCUCGUUCAGCCACAUCAUACAUGGGUAUGAUGUGGGGUACUAUGGAUAUACCUACUCGUUGGUUUUUGCCACAGAUAUGUACAGAACAGUGUUCAAAAAGGAUCCUCUGGACCCGGUUCUUGGCCAGCUGUAUCGAAAUAAGAUUCUUUUACCGGGUGGAAGCCGAGAUGAGAUGGUGAUGCUCAAUGAUUUUCUUGGUCGACAACCUAAUUCAGAUGCAUUCCUUGAUGAAAUUUUUGGAGUAUCCAGGUCUGGUGCGAACGUAGCUCUGUGAAGGGUAUAUGUGGGCAGCAUAUGGAUGCCUUACUGGUUAGCUUGGGUUGCAUGGAUAGUAGGUUUAGCCCAGUUUAUGAGAAGGGACUAGGAGUGGGUCAUGGAUAACAUUUACAACUAUUAACCCCCACAGCCUGGGAACACAGGAUGUAUUAUUAUUCAGUCGCUUCGCACGCCUAGCUGUGUGCAGGGUGUUGUCAUAGCACUCCUAAGGAUACCUCCAUACCGAGAGCAUUGCUGGUGAAAACA